UGCCUCCAGUCUACAAAAGCGUGAAUACUAGGCCAGAUGUACUCACGUACUUACUUCGUUUUUAUGAAGGUUAAAAAAGCAACACCUCUGAAGAGUCUACUAGUGGAAAAAUGAACUCGCACGAACAAAAUUUGUCGGACUCCUUUCGGCUAAACGCGUCCAUGCUGUUUCAAGAAAGCUGUCCGGAGGAAUCCAGAUAUUUGCUUGAGCAGUAUUUCACGUGUCUAGAAAAAAAUUCGCCGGAAUCCUUUGCAUCGUUGGACAAAACUUCAGUGUGCCAGUACUGCUUCCAGUCGCUGCGGCCUGACAACCACCAUGUGCGUCUACGACCCAAACGCCGGCCAUCCAUCAGGGUGCAGAGGCUCUUGCGGCAGAUGGCCCAGGGUCGAGGGCUCACCCUAAUGCAGAAACGCAUCUUGCGACGCUUCUCAACGUCAUCCUCAGUACUGAUGGCAACCUGCCACACCUGCAACAAAACAACCAGGUACAGAGGAAUGAACCGGGAUUAUUUAUCCACCUUCUACACCCCGGGCAGCAGUAGCAAGCACAAGACCCCGAUGCCUGCUAACAGGACCCUAUCAGCGAGCAAGACCAAGACCCCCAGCAAGGACAAGACCCCCCACCGUACCCCCAGGUCGUCCUCCAGCACACCUGGUUCAAAGUCCUCCACCACCCCUUCCAACAAGACCCCCUCCAAGGCCAAGAACUGGGUGGUCAAACGUCUCAGCAAGAUCUUGAUGCGUGAGGACAAGCCAGAUAGCAAUAAGGGCAGCUUGAAAGAUUUCCUUUCCUCACUUUGAGUUACCUAUUCUCCUUUUGUUAACAAAGUAAGCUGUUUACACAAAAGGAAGGGAAACUACUUUUGAUUCCUGAGCUGCUACAGCGCCCUCACCGGGUGGGGUGUUGCAACAGUGCCGCCACAGACCUCAACGUGUCCUACUUAAGCAAGGAUUUUGUUCAGAGGUUUUGGUGUGAAAAUUCCUUCAGUCACCAUUUGUGUUAUACUUGAGGAAUUGAUCAGUAUUGAUCAUCACCAUGGGGAUGGAUAUGCAGAUUCUCAAUAUGCAAACUUUUGUAAGAAAUAUACAAGCGGUAUUGCCAUCUUUGCUUUAUUUACUUUGAAAAAAAUAUUUUAGUUGUUUGUAAGCUUAAAUUGGCACAUUUGUUGUUGCUUUACAAUAUUGAGUUUAUUUUUUUAAGUGAAGCAAAAAAAGUUAAUUUUAUAUAAUACUGUUUUGGGGGGAAUGUCCCAGAUCCAAUCACAUAGUUAGAAAACUGAAUGAUCAGGCCAUUUUUCAGAAGAUUGGAAUCAGGUGAUAAGGAUCAACUUUUUAAUUAUAAAAUAUAUUUUUUUAACAAAAAUAUACACUAGGGCUGCAGCUAUUAAUGAUUUAAGUAAUCGAUUAAUCUAUCAAUUAGUUUGAAUAAUCGAGGAAUCAUUAAAAACAUUUAAUGCGUUGCAGAAUAAAUUUUAGGAGAUGUAUAACAACAAUUUAUAGCAAAAUUCCGCUUGCUUAAAUGCUAUAAAAUGGUAACUUUUUACAGUGCUCUUAACAAAUCGUAGAAAAACAUGCUUAAUAUACCUCUAAACUCAAUUACGUAUGCAUAAACAAUCAUUUUAGCUCAAAAACUUACAACUUUAUGUUGGUCUUAACAAGGAGCAGCUCGAUCCAGCAAAGUUAGAUGAGUUAUGUCAUAUUGACUGUUGCCACCAGGGGGCAGGUAUCCACCCAAAUCAGUAAAACUAAAUGCAAACACUGUCGAACCAUUACAACGCCACUCUAAUUAUAUGAAUCCUCAAAGCAACAAAAUUUGAUUCGAAGCUUUAUUCUAAUGGAAUUACUCGAGUUAAUCGAUUAACGCAGUAGCACUAAUAUAUACGUUUGAUACUCUGCAGCACUCCCGGAAAAACCGGAAGUACUCUAAACUGUACAGUACUUUAACGUUUGGAACUUUUGUUCAAAUAAUAAAAAAUAUAUUUUGAAAGUCUUUUUUUUUAUUGUAUCAGAUCCAGACUCUGUAUCGGCUGGUUCUCAAAAUCAGGUGACUCGGGUGCAAAAAUAUGCGAUUGUUUUUAUAUGUCACUGUGGGCUGUAUGUGCUGGCUGCAUAUGAUAACUGCUAUAUCUGCAUUUGUUUUGCUUAUAUGUAAAAUAUAGAAAUUGUUUUUUGUCAUUUUUAUUCUGUGUCAGGGUUUUUCUUUGUUUUUACUUUGGCCAUAUAUUUGGAUUUACGUUAUUUGACUUACUGCCCUAAAAUGCGAACAUGUUUUUUUUUUUUAUUGAAUUUUGUAACAAAUAUACCUUUAAUUGUAAGAGAUAUGUAAAACAAAGAGUAGUUUUUAUUGUUUUUUUUCUUAAUUGUGUGGGCAUGGUAUUGCCUUGCAUGGCAGCAGCACCAAUCACUGAUCUAUGAAUAUGUGCAUGAAUGGGUGAAUGUGAAGAUUUGAAGCGCCGUAAGACCUUUGCAAGCUCUGUCUAUUUACAAUUGACCAUUUAUUUGGCUGAAUGUUUUCUUUUUGGUAAAAAAAAAAAAAAAAUCAAAAUUAUACUCCGAUAUCUAGUUUUGCUGGUUAAUGCAUCAUUUUUAAUACCUCAAAUGUAUUUUUACAUCACCUUAAUGUGAAAUAAAAACCUUUAU